AUGGUGAAAAUAAAAUUAAAAUACAAUGCACUUUUCCGCUCUCCUGUACACACACGCACGAUACGCACACUGUUAACGACUGUACGGAAAUACUCUGUGUGUAACGUCCCAUAUUCUGGCUCAUCUCGCCGGCUCUGGAAGUUUUCGGACGAAAGUCGAACGUGGCCCGUUCGGGUGAAAGUCGAUUUUCGUAGUACGCGCACGCCGCUUUGGAAGGGCGGCCGUCGCGUAAGCUACGAGCCACGUGCACCUCCACAACUUGCGCUUAGUUCUUCACGAACUGUGUGGGAGGUUAGUCCGCUACAUGAAUAUAAUGUUGCUUCAAUGUCAUGCGCUAUGAACGGCCGCCGCGAAAAAGCGUCUUUUGCGUACACCGAGCAGUGACGCGUGCGUGAAUUACAUCUCUCCACGUGAUUUUGACAGUAGUAUCGGAAAAGCCGGUCGGUUAUUUUUUAUCAACAGUGCGAUGUGCCGGGUUUGACGCGACGGAGAAAGUGUUUUUCUGAUAACAGUUUGCGUGAAUGAAUCGGCGGUGUUCGGUGGCGAUGUUGUAAUUGCGACAUCAAAGGAUGGCUUCCAAGUAUAAUUCGAUCCAAUUUCCGCCGGUCAUGGCGAUUUUUCGUCUCCUGCUGAUUCUGACCGUGACGAAGUUGUGCGCAGCCAGUGAUGGAUUUUUUGGAUCAUCGAAAUAUCAAAACGAUAUACCGGAGUAUGACUUGCUGCACGCCAUUGGAGUACCAUUCAGCAAUCCGAAGACACAAUAUUUCGACGAAGGUCUCGACGGGUUCCCUGCAUAUGGACUGAUGCCUGGCUCAGAUAUCAAAUCACCAUACCGUCUAUUCAUGCCUGAGAAACUUUAUUCAGAAUUCGCCAUAACAGCUACAGUCCGACCUGCGAAUAAAGAUGGAGGAUUCCUUUUCUCAGUAGUAAAUCCUUUGGAAACCGUCGUGCAAUUGGGAGUACAGCUUAUCCCUUCAGGUCCUGGAUUGACGAAUAUCUCUUUACUAUAUACCGAUGCAAACAUCUAUACGUUAUCUCAGACGAUAGCAUCGUUUGUGGUGCCAUCUUUUGCGAAGAAGUGGAGUCGGUUUGCCUUAAGGGUGACGAUGGAGAACGUGACGCUGUUCCUGAAUUGCCACGAGUUCGAUACGGUUGUAGUGAAGAGGAAUCCAAUGGAGUUGGUGUUUGAUUCGGCGUCGACACUUUACGUCGGCCAAGCAGGACCCUUAAUCAGAGGCGCAUUUCACGGUGCGUUUCAAGAACUCAAGUUGUACGGAUCUCCAACUCAAGCUGAAGUGCAAUGUGUCAACACUUUUGAGGAAAUUGGUAAAGGCAGCGACGGCGAUGAGAUUGACAUUGACAAUUUCUUGGUCGACCAAGAAGAAGGGGACUCCGAGGGCUCAGGGAGGUACGGGACCAUACCCCCGUUUCCGCCUCCACCACCAGGACUAGACGGUUAUGCACUACGGUUGCGAGGAGAAAAAGGCGAUCGUGGAGCAAGGGGGCCACCCGGAGAAUCCAUUAGGGGGCCACCAGGGCCACCGGGCCCACCCGGCCCUCCUGGACUACCAGGGACUGCAAUUGCAGAAGUAGCAGGAUCAGGAGAUGAACAAAUAUUCGGCGAGAACUAUGCAUCACUCGGCCAGUGUGGAUGCAACUCCAGCACAAUCCUGGCUUUACUGCAAACCGCGCCAGAACUGAGAGGACCUCCUGGCCCGCCAGGCAUCGUCGGAGCUGAUGGAAGAACCGGCCCUCCGGGUAUACCUGGACAACCAGGCGUUCCAGGUGAACGUGGCCCGCUCGGACCACGAGGGGACAAAGGUGACAGGGGGGACAUUGGUCCCCGGGGCCCUGAAGGUCAGCCAGGUCCCAAAGGAGAAGCGGGCGUGGAUGGACGCCCAGGAAUCCCGGGACCACCGGGCCCACCAGGCCCGCCCGGGACAUCAGAUUACAGCAACUUUGACUCCAAUUGGAAGCCUAGACAAAUAUAUAAGGAAUCGUUGCUGGGAUCUUAUGGAGGAACAGCUGGUAGACCUGGUGCCCCGGGACCUAAAGGUGACGCGGGGCUCCCUGGACCCAUGGGACCUCAGGGUGAAAGGGGAUUCCCUGGACAAAAAGGGGAGAGAGGUCAACCCGGGGCUUUUGGCGCUAAAGGUGACCGUGGACAUCCAGGACCACAAGGCGAACGCGGGCUGAAGGGAGACCGCGGUAGUUCUGGGUUGGACGGCAGACCUGGUGUUCCUGGAGCUAAUGGAAGACCAGCUGAGAAAGGCGAAAAAGGCGAACGAGGCGAACCGGGCCCUCCAGGUCCGGCAUCUAACUACUUAAAUGUCGAAGAUGCAGAAUUUUUGGGAUCUGGUCGAGCUGUGGUCGGAUCUAAAGGGGAGAAGGGGGAAAAGGGUGAGAAGGGGACACGCGGUAUGGAUGGCAAUCCUGGAACUCCAGGUAAAGAUGGAAAAUCUGGUGAAAGAGGCGAUAUUGGACCAUCAGGCAUGCCGGGCAUAUCUGGCCCACCUGGCCCUCCAGGGCUUAAAGGAGAAAGAGGAGAACGGGGACCACCUGGACCCAUCAGUGUUACUGCUGCAGGAACUGAUAUUAUAACUGUCAAGGGUGAUAAAGGUGAUCCAGGUCUUAGAGGUCGGAGAGGCAGGCCUGGACCGUCGGGUCCCCGAGGACCUCAAGGCACGCAAGGCUUACCAGGCCCGCCAGGCAGACCCGGGGAUAAAGGCGAUAUCGGCCUUCCUGGCUGGAUGGGACGUCCCGGCACUCUGGGUCCUCCGGGAAUACCGGGCCCAGUGGGGCCUAAAGGCGAAAAAGGCGACUCGGGCAUCAGUCAACUAGAUCUAUCAAUGUUCAAAGGCGACAAAGGAGACAGGGGGUUCGAUGGAAUCCCUGGCCUUCCAGGUGCUCAAGGUCCAGCCGGGCCACCAGGUCCACCUGGAUCUUUAUCUGAAGCGGUACAGUAUCUUCCUGGACCACCAGGACCGCCUGGGCCUCCAGGGCUUCCUGGAGCGCCUGGAGUAUCCAUCGUCGGUCCAAAAGGAGAACCAGGUGUCUACGAAGAACAUUCGGUGCAUGGAAGCACGAAGUAUUAUGGAAGACCGAUGCCACAUCUGUCAGGUUAUGGAUCAAGGCAUCACGCUGCAGACGAUUCGCAUGCCGAGAGAUCAGUUCCUGGCGCAGCUGUCUUCCAGACUACAGAGGAAAUGAUGAGGUUGGCUUCGGCAAGUCCCGUCGGUGCUCUGGCUUAUGUUGUCGAGGAGCAAGCUUUGUUUGUCAAAGUUAAUUCCGGCUGGCAGUAUGUUUUGCUCGGAUCGCUGGUGACUCAGGCGACGCAGCCACCAACGCCGGCGCCUGCGACGCCGCCGAUGCCAGCCGCCAGCCUCGUUCACGUUCCGCCCAUAUCGAAUUUGGUAGAAAACUCACCCGCAGUCUCUUCGGGGCCGAGUUUGCGACUGGCGGCGUUGAAUGAUCCUCUACCUGGCAAUAUGCACGGAGUGCGGAGGGCCGACUACGCCUGCUACAGACAAGCUCGACGCGCCGGUAUGAGAGGGACCUUCCGCGCUUUCCUCACUAGCAGGAUACAAAAUCUGGAUUCAACAGUACGGUAUGCAGAUAGGCAUUUGCCCGUAGUCAACACCCAGGGUGACGUGCUGUUCAAAUCCUUCUCGGAGAUUUUCGAUGGCAGCGGUGGUCUCAUACCAGGAACACCUAGAUUGUACAGCUUUAAUGGAAAGAAUAUCAUUACCGACUCUCAUUGGCCUCAAAAACUGAUAUGGCAUGGAUCCCACGCAAGCGGCGAACGCGCCCUGGACACCUUCUGUGAUGAAUGGCAGAACAGUGACCCGCAGAACAGGGGCAUGGCCGCCUCCCUCUACUCACACAAACUCCUGUCACAAGAACGAUACCCGUGCAAUAAUCAUUUCGCAGUGCUUUGUAUAGAAGCCACUUCGAAUACUAGCGUCAGAAGAAAAAGGGACACUGUAAGAUACAAUACGACCGACCUUUUGGACGACGAAGAUUACCUCUACGAUGCUGACGAGUACCAACAGUUAUUGGACGAAAUAUUUGCUCAACCAUUCAGAGAAAACUAGGAGCAUCUCAACAUUUAGAUUAUUUAAUGUGAGGCUUAGUUCAAUUUAUUGAAGUUAGAACACAAGUGAUCUGUGUCUUGAAUCUCAUUCAAAUUAACCCACCUUUAUACAGAAUUUCGAUCCUAAGGAAACUAAACUAUAAUCAGAUCUUUUCAUCGUAAAAUAUCAAAUUCUAAAACCUCUCUCCUAUUCUGAGAAAAUCAUUACAAAGAAGAACUAGGCUUAAAUAAACACUAAUACAGUUCAGAAUUGAGUGUCGAAUGCUCACAUUUCAAAUGAGAUUAAUCGUAUCAAGUCGCUAAGCUUGAUGUUGAAGAGAUUCCUAUUAAAGUAAGCGCAUAAGCUUUAGCCUCAGAGUUGUAGGCCUGCUGCAUAGUUGACAAGAGCGAUUAACAAUUAACGAGUUGAUUACAACGAUUUGUCUGUUAUAGAUAUAGCUUAGAAGCUAGAAUUACAACCAUAUUUACUACUAACCGCCAUUAAGAAAUUUUCUUCUUUUAUAUUAUGCUGCCAUCGUUUAUUUAUCGGUGAUUUUGCCAAUUUCGAGUAAUAACAGCAGAUACAAAACAAUGAGACUAUAAAAUCAGAUCGCCAUUAUGAAUAAACGAUCCCAAUCUAUUUCUUCUAUCUAUCUCAAAAUGGACCAAUCAGAACAGUUUUUUUUGACACGCUUAAAAAUAAGCUAUUCUGAUCGGUUCAUUCUCGGAAUCAGAUUGAAGAUUGAGAUAGGGAUCGUUUGCUAAAACAGCUAUUAGUUUUUAUUUAUGAGAAAUUUUGUCUAUAUUGUAUGAAAUCUCCAUAUGAUUAGUUUAUUUAUUAAUUAUACGGUUGAAAGAUUAAUUGACUUAGGCGACAUUUUCUUUCGAAGAAUUUCAACUAGGUUAAAAAAACAUUGAGAAAAUUCUCAAAACGUUUUCUUAUUCCAGAAUUUACAGUAUUAUAACAAAGAAGGGGAUAUUAUUGAAGUUGGGUCGACUUUAUCGAAGUAAAUUUCAUGAAACAUGUAGCAGGUCUGAUAUGAGUGCACUUGUACACAUUUUCAAUGUAUAGUGAAAUGUUUUUGCGCUUUUCUUCUGCGCUGUGUAAAUAAAUUUUGUAUAAUUAUCGAUUUCCAUACUUUUUUGAGACCCUCAGUUAUAAACAUUAAUGGUCAUAAAAUAGAAAUAAUGGAUUUUAAAAUGGAAUGAAUCAAUAACAUCUAUUUGAGUAAUAAGUUAUAUUGAAGUUGAAUACAACUUUAAAUAAUUAUAAUUAGUUGUUACUAGGUUAAUAUCUAGCAAAUUCGUUGGCCUAAAUUUUUUUAAUGUUUCAAAGAAAAGAGAUAUAACAUUGAAGUAAACUGCAUAAGAAUCAAACUGUCCAAAUUUUUUUUUUGUACCAUCAGCCACAAUAGUAGCUGAAUAAAUUCAAAACUUCAAAUCCGUUAAACAGUUUUGCGUCCUUAGCAAAUAUAUAUAAGAGCUUCUUCACAUUGUAUCAUUUGUAGUUAGGUAGAUAAAUUAAUAUUACUUAUCCAAAACAAAUACAAGAAUAUUCAAUCCUUAUAGAUGCUUUAUAAAGGUACUUAAAAUGAUUUUUAAGAAUACAAAUUUCAAUACAAAAAUUGACUUAAAAUUAAUUUACCUACUAACUAUUAAUAAUUACGCAUAUUUUACACGGAUGCAUCCUUUUUGGAUGUCUUUUUUUGUUUGUCAAAAAUACACGUUUUAAUACUUGUUUCCAAAACAUAAAAAAACUGAGGGUCUAACAUUAAAAUCAUAAUAAAUUAAAAAAAAUCUCUUGUGAUUAUAAUUCAGAGAUUUUAAUUUGAGACUGUACAUAUUUAGUGUAAUUUUUUAUUAUCUAAUUAAUUUUAUUAAGUUAAAGCAAUUGUGUUGGAGUAGUGAAACUUUACUGAUUAGAACAGUGUGUACACAUUUUAGAUUCAAUAUAAAUGUAAUGGCCGGUUAAACGCCGAAUGUAUGUAAAAUAUACCAAUUUUUAUAUCCCGCUUUACGUAGGCAACGGAAUAUAAGUAUAUACAGCUUAGAACUUAGGUAUAACUCAUUGUAAUAAAGCAGUAUCAGAAUAAGAAAUUGGCGCACUAUGUGUAGCUAAAUUAUAUAUUAUUUUUUUUUUUUUGUUGAAGACUGUCCAUUCGAUUUUUUUAUAGAAAGCACGCGUAGUGCCGUUUCAGUAGCAAUUAUCACAGUAAAAGAAGUCUGAUUUUUUUAUUAUAUCGUAAUUCGUUCAAUCAAUAUUGUAGCGAAUAAUUUUUAACUUUUGUACCUAAAGUUAUAAUGUAGUCUAGUCUCUGUUUGAAACGCUUUACUAUUUUUGUAGAAAAUACUUGAACGCGCAACUGAAUGCAUAAUUAUUCCAAAAGUUAUUACUUAAAUGCUUGAUUUUUUCCUGGUAAAACAAAAAAUCAUUUUAUUUUUAAUACUCUCAGUCUCGGUACAUCAUUGUUUCAAUCGUAACAUACGCGUUUAUAUAUAAAGAACAUAAGUUAAGUCAAAUUUAUUCGUGAAUAAUAGAAUAUUGUAGAAUCAAAAGGACUUCUAAAAGCAGGUUUUUUAACGCAUAGGUACAGUCAGACACGAAGAAAAUAUGAAAAAGUUUGAAGCGUUUCUACACAUUGACUUGAAGCGAAAUAUUUUUUUUCUUUAUCUAAAAUAAAGUAAACCGUGUAAAAUUUAUUUCAGUGAAGAAAAAACAAUAUAAAAGUUAACGAACACAAAAGCUUAAAGGCUAUUUUUGUGGCCGACUGUACAUCAAUUUGGUCCGUGGCGGCCUCUUUGAUUAGGUAGUAGUAUUGUGUAUGUUUACAAUUAUGUUAAAAUUUUAUCAAAAUUGUAAGGACAAUUUUUUAUUGCGUAAUUACUUUAUGAAUAAAUUUUUGAGAAAUCAAAAACCAAUAUUUAGUUCUUUCACUUCCAAAAAAUUUACGAAACAUUUUGUAUCAAUUUGUAUACGUAAUGAAAAAGUUGUCUUACAAAAAUAGUAAAGCAUAUAAAUAUAAAUCAACAUGACAUACCAACAAGCAUUUACGAUUAUACCUAGCUAUAAUUUUAGACAUCGAAUACAAACUCUUGUAUUAUACUACGAAUGACUGUAUUUAUAUAGUUUUAAGUAAAUAUAAAUAAAUGUUUCCACGGCGAUAUCGUAUAA